UCCGCAUUUUCUACUCCAUAACCUUUGGUUAUAUUUCACUGAUAGAUGUACUGAACGAGAUCAUCCAAUGGAUUCUCAUUAUCUGGGCCGUGUGUCUCGGGUUGUGUUUCACCCGAAUUACCAAAGGUUGUGUGGCACCGAAGGAUUUGCAAGCGCGUAUGAAGAGCCAUUAUAUCGUCAGCCGAUUGGUCGGCGGUUUGAAUGAGGACAUUGGGAUGUAUGUGUGCGUCGUGUACGUCAGUGAUGUUGUGUGGACGCUGUUCUGUGCCGCGCAGUACGUCAUCCGGGGCAUUUCACCGACUAUACCGGUGUUGGCUGAUAUCGCCAACCAACAGAUGAUGAUGUUCGUACGGACACUGGCUUUCGUUUUCGUGACGGAUAAGGGACAGGAAGUUAUCCCAUUACUGCAAGACCAAGCGCAAUAUGAAAAAUUAAGUCUCCCGGAAGCAUUGUGGCUAAAUGGAGAAGUUCAGCGUCUGAUCACCACACCACCGGCAAUUACUGUUUGGGGCAUGGCCAGAAUCGAUCGUCCAUUCAUUGCCAUUCUGGUUGGCACAUUCGCAACUUACAUUCUUCUAUGCUGGGACUCACGCCAAUAAAAUAUCCCGAAAACAAAAUUCUCUCGUAUAAAACUAGUGAAUGUGCAGUUUUGAAUGUAUAGCGCAUUUCAUUGGGAUGAUUCCGAC